UCUGUUACAUCCCUGAAAUGAUGAACACAAUGGGAGAUGAGAGAAUUUUGAGCAUAUACAAAGCUUCGAGAAGUAUAAAGAAGAGAGAGAACAGUCUCUACAACGCCUUGUGUUCCAUCUUUGAUGACUCCGUGUUUGUCGCCGAGAUCGCUCAGUUAUGGCCGGAGUUGCCGUUAGUAGCGAAUCUCCGGUGUGGAUUGUGGUACUCUAAGCGUUUUCAUCACAAUUGUUAUUUCAAGUCUACUGAUGGACACACCAAUAACUUGUCGUUCAAUACUUCUCGCCUUAAUCUUCAUCUUGCGCUUCUCGCAGGGCAGAAGGGAGGGUGUAUUAUUGUCGAUUCUACUCGAAAAGGGAAACGCUUUCCAGACAGUAUGUCCAAGACCAUACCAAUCUGGGCCUGUGUGAUGAACCGAGCAAUAUCAAAUCAUAAAAACAGAAUGCGUGGAUCUGUUUCAGUGGUGGAGGGGACUACAAACAAUCAUAAAGAAAAUACUGAACAAGACCUUCUUAGUUGGGAUUGUUCGUUGCAUCUUCCUCUAUGGGUUCCUCCAGCGGAGAGGAUGGCAAUUGAGAAUCAUUUAGAAGAAUGGACAAAGCAGUUAGAGACCAGUGGAGCUGAUAUCACACCUCUUUUAUCAAUACUAAAGAAACCUUUACGACCUUUGUGGAUUUCCCAGAAGUCUGUUAUCUGGUUAAAUGAAGUUCCUGAUCACGAAUCUUGGGAUUUCACACCUUUAAUACUUGUUUCAGCAUCCUCCUCUAAUGGCUAUUUACAACAAAGAACUGCUUCAGAGUUUAGCUGGAAUUAUAUACCAGGAGCUGGAGAUGAUGAGGAAAGUUGGGCAAGGGGUUUAUCACCUACCCUUUUCUGGAAUAAUGCCAUAGAACUUAUUAGCUCGGGGCCUGAUCAAUGUAACCAGAAGGUAGCUGAUAUUGUUGAAAAAGAUAGAGUUUAUCGAGCACAAAGGGGACAUAAUGCUCCUCAAAUCUCUAUCAAGUCUUUAAAGUCUUUUGGAAACAUAGACAAUUCCCAUUCCGAAGAAAUUUUACUCGAUUUAAAGAGUACGGACACUAGAAGUGGUGAAAACUUGUCCCGUGAUGAUAGUAAAGUUUGUUGGCUAGGUUCUUCUAAUAUUGCAGUAUGCUCAACACAACUCGCUGUAAAUGCUUUUGAUGUCGACAGUAUUUUGAACUGCGACCAGGAAGCUUUCUCUGCCUGCCUUAAGGAUCAGGAGGCUUGUAUGCAUCUUCCAAUUGUGAAUUCAAAAUUUGACAGAUUUUCUUUGUUAAGAAAUCUUCCGUCUGCGGUUAGCUUUGCCAACUCACAGCUGGAGAAAGGAAAGAAACUUCUAGUUUGCUGUAAUACAGGAGAAGAUAUCAGUAUAUGCGUCUGCUUGGCAAUCUUGACCUCAUUAUUUACGGUAGAAGGCUGUUUUGAUGACGGGAAAUCAUUUAGAGAGACAUGUAUAACAAAAUUGGAGAUGCGACAACGACUAAUAUAUAUUUGUAAGUUUGCAGUCAAUGCCCGUCCAUCUAGAGGAAAUCUAAAGCAAGUAUUCAGUUUUCUCAACCGAGAAAGUAAUAGCUGUGUUUCUUGAUAGACAAUAUGUAUUUAAGCUGAGGAAUAGAAAUCAGAAAUACCUCCAUGGUUUUUGCUUGCCAGACCAUCAAGGAUCCGUUGUACUUUAGUGUUUUUUUGUUUUGUUUUAAGAAGUCUAUGCACAAUAAAAAUUCGCCAUUUUAUGUAUCAUGAAAGUUGUAAUGUUAUGUCAUAGUUUCUGGAGUAUAUUGUUCUCA